UAGGUAUCUCCACAGACAUGAUGCGCCAAUGGGCGCUAGCAAAGCACCCCUGAAUCCUCCCGAGAAUCUUACGAGAAAGACCUCACAGGCAACCUGCCAAGUUAAGAGAGACAUUCCCUCCCAACAACCAACCGCCAACGCCACGCCAUGGCCAAAUCAACAGCAGCAGCGGCAGUCAUGCCGCCAUCCACGCGGCCCCUCAACUUCCUGGUGGGCGCCAUCUUCAUCGUCCUGACCGCGGCGUCGGCCUGGCUGGUGCGCAUCGAGCCGGCUCUCAACGACGUCCCUGUCGACUUCCAGCAGCGCGUCGACGCGGCGCGCCUGGAGGACGGCACCCCGCUGAAGACGGCGUACACGGGCGUGCCCGGGCUCGACUACGUGCUGUCCUUCCUGGUCGUCGCGUUCGCGUCCGGACCCCUGCGCCUGGACGACGGGUUCAAGCUCCUGCAGAUCCACUUCCUCGUGAACUUCUCCAGCGUGGUGUUCAUCUGGAAUGUGGAGGCUUGUCGGAAGCGAAAUGCUCGCAGGGUGAUCAGGUUCACGAUGCUGUGGGCCCUCGCCUACCAGAUUCUAGGCGGCGCCCCGAUCGUGGCGCUCUACUACUUCGUGUUCGUCCGGAGCUCGGGCAAGGGGGACUACCUCGCCUCAGGCAGGGAGGUCCACCCCUGUUUCGCAAAGGCGAUCCUGCCCUCGGUGGUGCUCGUGUACUGCGUCCCCACCAUCGCCAUGUACCUUCCCUGGGCCAACGCCGACCUGACGCAGAACCUGAUCGCCUUCUGGCAAGCCGCGCCCCCGCUGGUCAACGUCUCCAUGUGGAUCCUCUCGCUCGUGCUCGGGCCGUCGUCGUCGUCGUCGGGGCGGCGGCCCACCCCCUCGACUGGUGCGGAUCUCAAGCACCUCAACCGCAUCUACCUCGCCGCGUUCGCCAUCUCGGCGGCCGCGCACGUUGGCACAGCGUACGUCUGCCUCGCCUCGGCGGACCCGCGCCUGUCGCUGGGCUACGUCUUCCUGCCCAGCCGCGACAGGUGGAUGGCCAGCACCACGUCCGGCCUGCACUGGAUCUUCCAGUGGGACGCCUGGUUCAUCUUUGCCUCGUCGCUUGCCAGCUGUUGGGUCGCUGUGUGGGAUGUGCAGCGGGGCCUGGGGGGUUCGGGGCUCGCGGGGCCGGUGACGGCGUUGGUGGUCAUUGGGCUCGGGGCGGUUGUGGUCGGUCCCGGUGCCGCGAUGGCUGCUGUUUGGCACUGGAGAGAGAAGAAGAUGGUGCUUAUUGAGCAACGGUUUCGAGGGAAGCCGAAGACUGGAUGAGCUGCAGGUUAUGCUCCUGUGACGGCUCAUUGAUGAUGAUCUGCUGAUGGUACACAUGCCGUGUAUAUAGAGAUUGGAACA